UGGGUCUACGAGAAUUAUAAUAUCUCUGCUGAGUUCAGGGAUUUUCAAAAGUCAACCAUCGAACAGAUUAAAAAAAAUCCGAUCCUAUGUUAUAAAACGGAUAUACAAAAAAUUCUAUCUCUUUCGAAUAUAAUGCUCAUCGAAAAUAUGAAGCCGUUGUUUCUCUCUAUAUCACAAACUGUUUGGGACAAAAUCUGCCGAAGAAAAUCAUCUCCGGGUCUGCCACUCGAAGUGAAUAACGUAGCUCUUGAGUAUUCUUCUAUGGCAAAUUCUUUUACACCUUUAAGUGAUAUUCAAGACGCAUGGUGUAACAACUUUUCCAAGAUCACGGGAUUGACGGAUCGAGACAAAGAUAAAUUUUGUCAAACGCAAAUUAUUUUUCGAAAUUUUUUAUUGCUGAAUGCAAAAAGUGUGAAGACCAAUAAUGAGGAUACGUUUGUUCAUCAAACUCUGCAUGAUCUACUUGAAGAGAUCUUUCGUGAUUCAAUGUUCGACUUAAUUUGGGCGAACAGCGAAAGUUUUGUUUCAAGGAAUAGACGUUCUAACAGCUCUAGCGACAAGGAAAAUUUUCGAGGUGAAAAACCAGAUUUUAAAAUCAUGACAAAUACAAAAGAAGAGAUUCUUUUUGGUGAAGUCAAGACAAAAUACUCAUUAUCCUUAUUGGUCAAUAAAGAUCUUGUCAAACUUUCCAACUUUCAAGCAGGUGCCUUAGAUGAGUUGGUCAAAAAAUACGGAAACAAAAUUGGUUUGACUUCUUUUGGUAUUUGGAUUUGUG